AUGUAUCCUCACAGAAACGCGAUAUUAAUCUCGGAGAAGCUACGCCAGAAAUCGAAAUGCAAGGUGCAGUGUUCAGUUCUGGUCGCCGACUCACCUUUAUUCAACAGCCUCCAUCUCCGGCACAAGACACUGAGCAGAGGUUGUCACACCUACACCGGACACUGUCCAUCGCGAUCACUCCGACGGCACCGGCGAUGCGCCGGACGCAGCGCGGAUACAACACGGUACUCGGAAGGAACGCGUCUGACCUAUUUGUCUUGUUAA